AUGAGCAGGCACAGGCACUCUCUUAUCAAACAUGUUAAUUUUCAGUUAAAUCUAAACACUAAAUUCCAAUCAUUCUCUCUUUUUCUACCACCACCACCACUCAUUCUCUUUUUUCUACCACCACCACCACUUCUCUCUUUUCUACCACCACCACCAUUUCUCUCUCUUUCACUUUUUUCACCACCACCACUCAUUCUCUCUCUUUUCUUUUCUCUCUCUUUCCACCACCACCACUCAUUCUCUCUUUUCCACCACCACCACUCAUUCUCUCUCUUUCGACCACCACCACCACUCAUUCUCUCUCACCACCACCACCACUCAUUCUCUCUUUUUUCGACCACCACCACCACUCAUUCUCUCUCUUUUCGACCACCACCACCACUCAUUCUCUCUCUUUUCUACCACCACCACCACUCAUUCUCUCUCUUUUCUACCACCACCACUCAUUCUCUCUCUUUUCUACCACCACCACCACUCAUUCUCUCCACCACCACUCAUUCUCUUUUUCGACCACCACCACCACUCAUUCUCUUUUUACCACCACCACCACUCUUCUCUCUUUUCUUCAUUCUCUCUUUUCUACCACCACCACCACUCAUUCUCUCUCUUUCUCCACCACUACCUCUCUCUCUUUCUUUCUCUCUCUUUUACCACCUUCAUUCUCUCUCUUUUAACCACCACCACCACUCAUUCUCUCUUUUCCACCACCACCACCACUUCUCUCUUUUCUACCACCACCACUUAUUCUCUCUCUUUUCUACCACCACCGCUCAUUCUCUCUUGCUUCUACCACCUUUCAUGCUUUCUUCUUUCUCCUUUCACCUGUCAUUCUCUCCCUCUUUUUCUACUUCCACCUCUCACUCUCUCUUUCACUUUCCACCUGUCACUUUCUCUCUUUCACCUUUCAUUUUCUCUCUUGUAGCAGUUGUUUCCCCCGCAAAAGUUUUCAUUGGCUGUAAUAAAUAUGAAGAUGAAACUAAUAUUAAAAAGAACAUUCUGAUGAGAUUUUAA